AAAACAAAUUUUUUGUCCAAGAAUUGAUCUUAGAACAGCCUUAUGAUCGGUGAUUUAAAGACUUCCAUAUUAAUUGGGUGCUUUCCACACAGAAGUUAAUGGUGUAGAGGUUACAUUUUAGGAUACGUGGACUGGGAGAGAAAUGCAUAUCAAUUUUAAUUUAACAUAGACAUAGUAUCAAUUAAGUUUACAGACGUACUUAGAGCUCUCUCUCAUGUUGUGGUUUAAUCACACUUAUGCUUUGUUUGUUGUUCACACUCAAGUUCUUUUAUCCGUGAUGUGACGCCAAUUUGUCUUUAAAUGUGUUUAGGUUCGAGAUAUCAGGGAAUACGUGAAUAUGAUGUUCUCAGUGUAUUAAUAUUAUUAUGUAAAGCCUUGAAGUUAUAUGAUACGGUCGAUAGUUGUAGCAUGCAUGAACCAACUGCAGAUUUUAGCCAAUAUUUAUAAAGCAGAUCCAACCCAAUUCCUACAACUUCAUGGCAGACCGGUAAAAAUUCACUUGGAUCCAGCUAUAGCUCUUGCUGGAGACAGUCCUGCAAUUAUGAUGCCAUGGCAGGGCCGUCCAGAUGUGUUGAUUGACAGAUUUGAUGUACGAGCUCACUUGGACUACAUUCCUGAAAAUCCCACCCAGACAGAAACAACAAAUGAGGAACUUUCACGAGAAGAUCGAUUGGCAAAUUACGAGAGAUAUAGAAUAAUAGUCCAGAAUGAUUUCUUAGGAAUUGGUGAGGAGAAAUUCUUGCACCAGCUAUAUUUAGAGGAGCAGUUUGGUCCAGUAAGCCGUUCGAAUGAGGUUGACAAAAGGAAACGAGAAAAAGGAGCUCCAUCUGGAGCAGCUAUACCUUACUUAUAUGAUGACAAUACAUCAAAUCAGGGACCAGUAGAAGGUGAAGAGGUAGAAGGAGAGGAAGAAAAGGAAGAUGAGGAAGAAGAGGAUGAUAGUGAUAUUGAUUUUGAUUUGUGUGUGGAUGUGACUCAGGUGGGACCUCAGCAGGCACAUGAGAUGAACAUGUGUGGUGCAGUAUAUGGAAUGAGUGGUAAUGAUUUUUAUACUUUCUUAACUCGGGACGUUGAAGAGAAAGAAUCAUUGCGACAAGCUCGUGAACAGGAAGAAGAGAAGGCUAUGUAUUCCGGAAGAAAAUCUAGAAGAGAAAGAAGAGCUUUUAGAGAAAAAAGACUGCAAGGCCGAAAAAUUAGUCCACCGAGCUAUGCUGCCCGUACAAGUCCAACGUAUGAUCCAUACCGCAAAUCACAGUCCAAGUCUCGAUCUCGUUCGAGAUCACACUCCCCGGUGAACUCUGGACAGAUCACUUACAUCACAAGCUUUGGUGGCGAGGAGGAAUCAACUGAUGAGGGGGGACGUCUGGCUUCAUCCAAGUUCCUUACCUCAUCGUCAUCACAUUCUUCCAACGUUGUCGUUGCCCCACAGACAAAAGCAAGCCGGUCAGGGUCUCCUGGCAGCAGAGCUUCUGGGAGGAGUAGGUCCAGUAGGGCCUGGGAUAACUCCAACUCUUCACCUCACCGGGGACAUGGAACCAGCAAGAGUAGUUCACAACGAUGGUCGCCAGACAGCUCAUCUCGUAGGUCAAGAUCAGGAGACCAUGGAUCUAGUAGUAGGAAAGCUAGAAGCAAAUCUCCACACUAUACAGGAAACAGAUCUAGUUCUCAUACAAGGCCAAGACACCGAAGGAGCAACAGCAAUAGUUCUUCAUCACGGUCAAGAUCUCCAUUAACAAAAUCGAGAGCAAGAAGCCGAUCAAAGACUCCCCAUAAUCAACCACCCCCACCACCUCUCCGCAGAUACUAUGGGAGCAGAAGGGGGGCCUCAUCUUCCUCUGAACUUGGAGAUUCUGAUUCUGACAGUGCCAAGCAGUCUUUGUCACCACUUCCACGCAACUCUAAGCCUCCACCACACAAGAGUUUGAGUUCAGGGUUUGGUAAUUCUGGUGCUGGAACCAAAUCACAGCCGAAACUUACACCUCAAGAACGGCUGAAGAAAAAAAUGCAAGCGCUGCUAAACAGACAGUACAAGGCAGAUAAAAGAGCAGAAAGAAUGCGUCAUGAAAAACAAGAGCAAGAACGACAAGACCGUGAGGAUGAACUAAGGGAGAUGGCCAUCAAAUUGCGGAGGAGAGAACGAGAACGUCGUCACCGCUUGCAGGAUGAUGAUGAUGAGUAUGAUGAGGAAGAGAGAGGAAGUUCUCCAUCAUCUCAUUCAUAUAGUCGGUCUCCUAGUCCAUCACCACCACCACCAGUCCCUGCUGCAAACAGAUCAGGGACUUCUGGACACAGACGUAAUCGCUGGGACAGAGUUAAUGAGGAAGACAGUCGGGGAGACCAUAGAGGGCGUCGUGGUCGUAGUGUGGAACGGCAAGAUCUGCACAGAAGAAGUAGGAGCUGGAGUCCACCUCAGAGACCAAGACAACAGAGACCUCUUGUUGACUACUAAAGGAUGACACUGCAUCAAUUAAUAGAUACUGAUAGAAAAAAGAAAAAAAAAGAAUGAUAAGAAGUCAGUAAUAUUCAUUAUUUUGACACUUGUUUAAUUGUUCUUAGCAACAUUUCAUUUAGUAUUAUAUAUAAUUAUGUAUAUAGCUUGCAAAUUAAGUAUUUUAUCAUUUUCCAGUAAGAAUUUCAUACAACAGCUUAGAAUAGAUGCUUAUUAUUAAUUUACAUCUUUCUUUCAAUUGUGACUUCAUUGCUGAAGUGCAGGUUUGUGUGUAGAUCGAAAAGCCUGAUUUCAGUAGUAGAAGUUGAGAAAUUGUAGUGAAAGUUUUUCUGUAAUCAAUAAAAUCUCAGGCAAUGGUAAAAAUACAGAUGAUUGGAUCAUGCUUGUUACAUCACUUUUCUGUUUUACUGAAAAAAGUUGUUGCUGCAUAACUCAUUCAUAUUAAACCCAAAUAUGCCUGACAGCCUAUGUAUACAGGACACAUCACAUUUGCUGUGCACAUAUGGAACAUACUUCCAGAAAAUAAAGGAAUAAUUAAACUAUUUAUUCUGUUGUUUUGCCCAACAGUAAACACUGUAGGCUAUGUAAGACACUAUUUGACAAACAUAAUAUAUAAAUGUGUGAAAUCAUAAAUUAUCUUUACCACACAAUCCAUACUUGCUUUACUGGUUGUAACUGCAGUAGAACAUUUGAAAAAUGUGUAUGCUGUACUUCUGCUCAUAGACAGUUAUCAAAUAUCUUUAAUGUGGUUUAAUUUAGUUAUAUAUCUUUGUCCGGAGGAUAGGGCAGCUUCAGGUUGUCUUGUUGGGGUUUGAUGGUACACUUGCUUUUGUUAAAAUAUUUUCAGAUUCAUAUAUAGGCAUCUGAGGUGAGCAGUGUGGCUUUCGAUGGCACUGACAGUUCCACCACUGUAUUUCUUCUGUUGAUGUACAGUUAAAUCGGCAAUCUCUUCAUUGAAAGACCAGUCCAGCCAGGCUUUCCUCCCAUGUGAACAAGGCACUUCAGUUAGUCUUGCAGUCAAGUGAUUUUCCUCGCCAACAUCCCAACUUCAGUCAUGGCCUGAAGCACUCGGAAGUAUUAUGCUAAUGAGACAGAAUUUCUUCCCAGAUAAUCUUCCUUAGUGUCUCGGGUUUUUCCAGUGAGCUGUUCUUGCUGAGUUGCCUCCAGUGCUUUUGUUACAGGGUCCUCUACAGUCAUCAUGACCCAAAGAUUUAUGGGACAUUCUUGAGUCCGGUAAAAACUCAACCCUCUCUUCAGGUAACAAGGAUUGUACAAAAGCUGUUAGUUGUAUUUCUCUUCCAUGAGCUUGUCUCAGAUUCUCUUGGGAUUACAUUCAAAAAGACUUCAUUGUCUUUCCUUUUUUUGUUUCUUUGGAAUGUAUGUUCUUUGCCAGUAAAAUUGGCUAUAUGUAUUUCUGAAUUUGUGAGGGGCAUAUGUUCACAUUUAUUGGCUGAAAGGGAAAUUUGUUUUCAAUAUGUAUUGGCCAAAUGGGACUGUAUGAAAUGUUUACAGUUCUCUCCAGUUAUUCGUUCUUUAUUUGUUGCCCCACAAAAUAUGAGAAUCAUGCAGAAAUGCCUGUGCUUAUCUGUUAUCCCUUUAUUUCCUUCAUCAAGAUAUUGCAAUUCAAAAAGGUCUUUCAGGCACAUCUGGGUUCAGGUCUGCUUGUAAUAAGACACUGUAAAACAACAAUGUAUAAAAUAAAAGUUAUUAACAUU